UGAGUGUCCCCAGGGAAGGAGGCACGCAGGUUGUCCCGAGAUCUGCCAUCCUUGUCCCUGCCGCUUGGGGCAGAGUCCUUCGGAAGGCGCAAGCGCAAGGCAACACGUGUACAACAGUGUUCCUGUGCCCCUAUGCACGAGAAUGUCUGUGUGUUUUUGAAGAACAGUCUGCGUCAGAACCCCUACAGUUGUCUACUCUUGGGCACUCAGGUUGCUCUGGCAACGAAUGAAACCCCACCCCUUGAUCCUGAAAGAAGCACAGGACACUAAGAGUGGUCCGUCCAUCGGGAUGCUCCGCCUCCUGGGAACCUGACUCCGCCUCCUGGGAACCUGAGCUAAAGCUUCGUGAAAACAAGCGUCCUUGGCUGCUCCAGUUAGGAAGAAGAGUGUGCUCUUCCUCCACCUGGCUCCUGAUUUUCUAUCAGCGCUGGAGGAUCUGCUGCAGCCCACACACUGCCUGACUGGAGCUAGGGAGUGAGGCUUCCAGAAGAGUUCCACAGAGGCUGUGUGGUACAGAUCUUCAUGAGCCGGUACCAGGCAGCCCUGUUGGGUCUAGGCCUGCUCCUCAUGUUCCUACUGUACAUGGGGUUGCCUGGCCCACCCAAGCAGACUUCCCAGCUCGGGAGAGGUCCUAAUGUCACAGUCCUGACUGGUCUCACCAGAGGCAGCUCCCAAAUCUUUUACCGGGAGGUGCUGCCGCUCCAGCAGACACACAGGGCGGAAGUCGUGUUUCUCCAUGGGAAAGCAUUUAAUUCCCACACAUGGGAGCAGCUGGGCACACUGCAGCUCCUCUCAAAGAGGGGCUACCGGGCCGUGGCCGUCGACCUUCCAGGUUUUGGGAACUCAGCCCCUUCAAAGGAGGUGAGCACAGAGUCAGGCCGAGUGGAGUUGCUGGAGGGCGUGCUCCGGGACCUACAGCUGCAGAAUACUGUGUUGGUGAGCCCCUCACUGAGUGGCAGCUAUGCCCUACCCUUCUUGAUGCAAAGCCACCACCAGCUAUGUGGAUUCGUGCCCAUCGCACCCACCUCCACCCGGAAUUACGCACAGGAACAAUUCCAGGCUGUGAAGACCCCAACUCUUAUCCUGUAUGGGGAACUGGACCACACCUUGGCGCGAGAGUCACUUCAGCAGCUCCGCCACCUGCCCAACCACUCCGUGGUGAAGCUGCACAAUGCAGGUCAUGCCUGCUACCUCCACAAGCCAGAAGCCUUCCACCUUGCCCUCCUUGCCUUUCUUGACCAUUUGCCUUGAAUGGACUCACUUCCCAGGACCCACCUCGAAGAGUCUAGACCUCCUCACUCUCCUCUUCCAGGGUGACAGUCCCUGGCUGUGAUUGGGGGACAGGGGAUCAAACCUAACCAGGACUUUUGUAUUCCAUUUCACAGGCACAAUAAAGAAAAGCCUUUUUGUCUUGC